AUGCGUUCGUACGAGUUUGUGACAAACACGCCGAUCAGGCUCGAUCGCCAUAAAAGCUAUUUGGUGGAUGAUGUGGCUUUGGUCCGAACGGCGCCUGCAACGACACCGUCGCCGUCAACGGCUUCUUCCUCGUCGGGUGUGACCAUGAUUGAACGAUGCGUGGUCGUACAGCGACAAGCGGAAGGGUUUGGACUGACGGUAACCGGUGAUUAUCCAGUGUAUGUGCACACGGUGAAACCUGAUGGAGCUGCUUAUUGUGCAGGAGUGAGGCAAGGCGAUCGAAUUGUUAAGGUGAAUGGAAUGCCAGUCACAAAUGGUAACCACCACGAAGUAGUUCGCAUGAUAUCAGGAGGUCAAAACGUGGCGUUAACACUUCUUGGCAAGCCACCCGAGCCAUUGCCGCCAAUGCCUUUCAAGAAUUUGAAAUUUGAGCAGAAGAUACACAUCGCCGACCCAGUAUUGAUUGAGGCUAGUUCGACAGAUUGGCGUCGUCGUCGAAACGAGCUUCUUGGUCAAAUGCUCGAUGAUGAGCUGAAGCAUGUUGAGGGCCUUCGUGAAUCGUCACAGAAUGUUGAAAAAAUCGAUCGGGCUUUGAAAAGAAUUGUCUCAUUACAAUCUCAAUUAAAACAUAUCCGACCAGAGACGUCAUCACCCAAGGAAUACGUGACGACAAAUCUACCGAUGGAUCUGGACAGCGACGAGGACGAAAACGAUGUCAUUUAUCUGCCGGAAUCUCAAGGAGGCCCAUUUUCGAAUUUGGCAGAGCUUAAGACUCAUCCAGCUCAUUUAGCAGUAUUUAUCAAUUACUUAUUGACCAACGCAAAUCCAAGCAGUUUGUUCUUUUACCUUAUUACCGAUGCUUAUCAAUCAGCGUAUGGAACGGCGAAAGAAUUCCGAAGAUGGGCUUUUGAAAUUUUCUCAACAUUCAUUAUUCCAAAUUCUCCAAUGUGCAUUCCGAAUUCGGAUCAGAGCAUUAUUCAGCCGAUUGAUAAGAUAAUGUGCAUGACUGCGGAACACAUUGGCGACAGUGAUGCUGACACUUUAAAAAGGGUAUUUGUGCCAGGAAGACAGCGUGCAGUUACGGAUAUCAAUGUGCAUUUGAACGAGUUCCGUCAAAAAAAGCAGCUCGGAGGGCAAGUUUCCGAAUCAUCGAAUCAACUUGCGCAUAUGGUGCGUGGAGAUAUGGCCAUGGAGCAUCGAGUCGGAGAGCAAAUGCUAUUUCGCUGUCUCGAUUUUUGUAGCAACUCGGCGGAUUUUGACAACUGCGAAAUUCGAACGCAAGCCAUAUUGUCCAGUUUGGCAACCGUUAUUAAGGUUGUUCUUGGUAAAACAUCAUCGGCUGCCAAUGACAAAAUUUUGGAAAAAUUCCCACAAUUCAUCACACGCGAUAAACCAGCGGGUAAGACGCGAAAAGCGCCAAAUAACAUCAAAAAUAAAGUACAGGUUAAAGGUCAUAGCUUUACGAUAAGCUCUGUAAAUACAGUCCAUUAUUGUUAUCAGUGUCGUGAUGCUAUUUGGGGAAUGCAACCAUGGAUAUAUUUUUGCAGUAAUUGCGAUGUGAAAGUUCAUCCGCAAUGCACUUCUUCGCUGACGGAUGCUUGUUAUCCAGCAACACAAUCAAAGCAAAAAACCACCAAAUCGCGACUAUCGGGACUAAUUGGGCGCUCUGACGCCACGGAGGAGGACGACUUUAACAGUCAUAGGCACGAGCCAAAUAACGUGAAGUCGACGAGCUCGGAUAGCGGAAUUGGACACGAUAUUCAUAAUCACGAUAGGAACGUUACGCGUUCUCAUAGCAUGAGGAAUCGAAUCUCAACAAUUCCGCAAUCGUACUCAGCCGAAGAUAAAGUUAUGUUGCCGCAGAAGAAGCGCGAUCGAUCCGCAACGCCGUCGUGGCAAAUGAAAGGCGGUUUGCACGAUUUGACACCCGCCGAUGAGACCGACGAGAGCGACGAUAGAGAUCGUCGAUUGCGCUUAUUGGAGAGCAAAUCAAUGGAAAACACUAAUCGAAUGGCUGUUGAUUUGCAAAGUGUUAGUGCCGCCUCUAGCUGUUCUCAUCAGAGUAGCCUAGUUGCCACAGACGACGAAAGUUACGUUAGAAAAACGACCACACUGCAAUUCUCAAGCUUCAUGGACGGUGAUAGCGAUUUUGAAUUGGAAACGGAAGCCACGCCAUUGGAACAGCUUGUUGGCUGGGAUGUCAUCAGGCAUCUGAAGCCCAAAGAGAAAAAACGGCAGGAAGUUAUCAAUGAACUUUUCCACACUGAGCGCACACAUGUCCGCAAUUUAAAGAUUCUUUAUCAUUUGUUCUACAAACCAAUCGUGCAGAACAAAGUAGUCUCCAGCGAUGUCGCAAAGUUGCUUUUUGCAAAUCUGGAAGAUCUCUUGGCGUUGCAUCAGAAGAUGUCGGAUGCGAUGCGCGCGGCUGUUGAAAAAUGGAAAAUUGAGCCACCACACAUAAAUGGUGGUAUUUAUGGUGACAUUGGUGAGCUUAUGGAAAGCUUGUUUGAAGGUGAAGCUGGAGAAAAACUCAUGCUCGUUACGGCAACGUUCUGCCAGCACCAACAGCAUGCGUUAGAGUUUCUACGUUCUCGGUGCAAACGCGAAAAAGAUGAUGCGCUGGUUCGAUUCCUGAGCGAGGCCGAAUCGAAUCCAGUAUGCCGAAAACUUCAACUCAAAGAUAUGAUCCCUGUCGAGAUGCAGAGGCUCGUCAAGUAUCCACUUCUUCUUGAAACAAUCGCGAAAUAUACAGCAGAACCGAGUGAAGAACAAGAUCGUCUUCUGCGCACCGUCGUUUCAGCGAAACGAAUUUUGAGUGCUGUUAACACCGCUAAACGUAACGCUGAGAACUUAAGACGACUUGAAGAGCUGCAAAAGAGAAUUGACACAACACCGUUUGACAAGGAGUUCAGUGGGCAUGACUAUGCCUCUCUUAAUUUGACAAAGUACCGACUUGUUCAUGAUGGUCCACUUACGUGUAGAUUCAAUCGCGGUAAAAUGGUCGAGCUUCAUGUUGUUCUACUGGAAAAUAUGCUUGUGCUUUUGACAAAACAUAGCGACGGCAACAAACUCCAGCUUAAGACCCUUGAGCCGUCAAAGGAAACAAAAUGGUCGCCCAUUUUGCCGCUUGCCCCGCUGAUUGCUAAGGAAAAAGCGAAUGACAAGAGAGCAUUUUUCCUAGUGUUUAAUAGUCAAUAUGGCGCACAAAUAUAUGAACUAGUGGCCGGAACAGCAACCGAACGGAAAACAUGGUUUAAAUUGAUGAGUGAUCAAAUUGAGCAAGAGAAGAAGCAUCAAACAAUUGGAAUUGAGCCAAGUUUUGAAGUUGGACAGACGACUUUAGAUUCCGAUGGUGUUGCUAAGGUCAAUGUUGUGACUCACCCACGCCUCGUGAACGCUAAUGAGAUUACCAUUCAACAACCAACUAUCCUUGAGCAUGCUCAACCAGUUCUCACACCCGCAGAAAAGUUGAAAAGAAGUGAUGAGAUAAUUUUCCAAGCCUUACUCACAAAACAAACAAUCCUCGCUCAAAUGCUACCUUGUGAUAAUAAGAAAGCGAAGGCUGAAGAGUUGGAAAAACUAACGGAACUUUUGGGCGGUCUUGCCGUUCAAGAUCUCAAACAACGCGAUGGGAAAGAGCUGGCAAUGUCUGCAAUUGUUCAUGGAAAUCGUCUUCUGGACAGUAUUAAUCAGAGCUUGAAUGCAAGAAAAGAAUAUAAUGAGGAUGGAAGCGAAUCUUUGAGCUUAGAAAAUCAAGAGCCAAACGUGCCUUCAGUGCCAUCAUAUAAGCUUACUGCAAUAGCAGCGCCUCUAAUGAAUCACUUGAAAGCCUUGAUGACUGUCAUUCAAGACCAACAGAAUGAAAUAUCUGUUGUUAAACAGCAGCUCUAUCAGUACAAGAAACUUGCAGCAGACUUCGAACCUCGAGACCGAUCAGUCAGUGAAGAAACCCUGACAGAGGUCGGGGAUAGUAAUGAGAGAAAACUGAUGACAAAGCGCCAAAGAGCGCCGUCAAUUCAGCCAAUAAGUUAA